AUGGAGACCGCGGCGGGCGCCCAGGCUGCCGGUAGCGCAGGGCCGAGGGAGCGAGGCCUUUGCGUGCUGUGCGGCCUGCCUGCAGCGGGAAAAUCGACCUUCGCGCGCGCCCUGGGCCGCCGGCUGCGGCAGGAGCGAGGCUGGACCGUGGGCGUCCUCUCCUACGACGACGUCCUCCCAGACGCCUCCCUGGAUUCCGAGGGCGCGCGGCCGCCGCCAUCCCAAUGGAAAAUGCUUCGACAGGAACUGUUGAAGUACCUGGAAUGCUUCUUGACUGCUGUCAUUAGCGGGUGCCAGAUGUCUGCCCCACCCAACAGGACUGAAGCCAUAUGGGAAAAUUUUAUAACUUGCCUAAAGGAUCAAGAACUGAUAUUUUCUUCAGCACUCAAGGCCCCAUAUUGCUAUCUCUUAGCAAAAACUGCUGUUUCUAGACCUUUAUUUUUGGUUUUAGAUGACAACUUUUAUUAUCAAAGUAUGAGAUACGAAGUCUUCCAGCUGGCUCGGAAAUAUUCAUUAGGCUUUUGCCAGCUCUUUUUAGAUUGUCCCCUUGAGACCUGCUUGCAGAGGAAUGGCCAGAGAUUACGAGCCCUGCCUCCUGAGACCAUUUAUGCAAUGGGGGAAAAGAUAGAAAAGCCCAACCCUCAGAAAAAUGCUUGGGAACACAACAGCCUCACAAUUCAGAGUCCAGCAUGUUCUUUGGAGAGCAGCCUGGAGGUGACUGAUUUAUUAUUGCUUACUGCUUUGGAAAAUCCAGUAAAAAAUAUAGAGGACAAUAUGGAACAAAAGGAAAUGGACAGAAUUAUUUGUUCAACUAAUGUUCUUCAUAAAGCUGAUCAGACACUCCGAAGAAUUGUCUCUCAGACAAUGAAGGAAGCAAAAGAUGAACAAGUACUUCCUAACAACUUGAAGCUUCUAGCAGAAGAACUUAAUAAGCUCAAAGCAGAAUUUCUGGAAGACCUAAGACAAGGAAACAAAUAUCUAUGCUUUCAACCAACCACUGACCUAUCAGAUGUCACUUCUUUUUUUUGUAAUGAGAAACAAUAUAUUGUACAGAAGUAUUUUUCAAAACAACAUUAAAAUUUCAGAAUUUCCAACUGUUUGAUUUUGACGAGCUUUUGCAGAUAAGUAAUUUUGUAUUAGUGGGUGUUUUCUAGGCCAAUAAU